UCGAGGAGUCAGUUAGGAUGUGGAGUUAGGAAAAACAGCAGGACGCUCGUGGCUAUUCAUAUUCAUGCUGAUCUGAUUAGUGCCUCAAGAGAGAUGGAGAGCACUGCCCUGUCCUCCACAACCACUCAGAUUGACAUGACCCCUUCAUUCUGCAGGUUGAAGGCGUUCUGAAGACCCUACAGUACCUACCUGUAUAUCUGCCGCGGGUUCUUGCCAUCUGUUGCAUUGUCUGAGUUGGAGGCUGCUGACUCGUGUGACCGGCUGUUGGGCUCUCUGAAUGAGGAUUAUCCUUCUGGAAGUGGAGACGAACGACCACCAAAUGUCGGAGGGAGUUUAGAGAAGGAAAACGGGUAUUGUUUUUUCCACUAUGAAUCUGACCAGGUGCCUACGGAUGUUGAGUUUGCUUGUCUUAGUCCACCCUUCUCAAGUGUGUCCGCUGGGCGCUCCCAAGGCCCACGCGGAGGAGAGACUGCUCCAGAACCUGUUUGUGCGCUACAACAAGCUGUCCCGGCCCGUGGCAAACAUCUCCGACGUGGUGCUGGUUCACUUCGGCCUCUCCAUCGCUCAGCUCAUCGACGUGGAUGAAAAGAACCAGAUGAUGACCACAAACGUCUGGGUGAAACAAGAGUGGAACGAUUACAAGCUUCGCUGGAACCCAGAGGACUAUGAGAACGUGACUUCAAUCCGCAUCCCCUCAGAGCUCAUAUGGAGACCAGACAUUGUGCUGUACAACAACGCUGACGGGGACUUUGCAGUGACCCAUCUGACCAAAGCCCACCUGUUCUACGAUGGCAGGAUCAAGUGGACACCCCCGGCCAUCUACAAGUCCUCCUGCUCCAUCGACGUCACCUUCUUCCCCUUCGACCAGCAGAACUGCAAGAUGAAGUUUGGCUCGUGGACCUACGACCGUGCCAAGAUCGACCUGAUCAGCAUGGACAGCAACGUGGACCAGAUGGACUACUGGGAGAGCGGCGAGUGGGUCAUCAUCGACGCCGUGGGCAAGUACAACACCAAGAAAUACGAGUGCUGCACCGAGAUCUACCCGGACAUCACCUACUACUUCAUCAUCCGGAGACUCCCCCUGUUCUACACCAUCAACCUCAUCAUCCCCUGCUUGCUCAUCUCCUGCCUCACCGUGCUGGUCUUCUACCUGCCCUCGCAAUGCGGGGAGAAGAUCACCCUCUGCAUCUCCGUCCUCCUCUCCCUCACCGUGUUCCUCCUCCUCAUCACCGAGAUCAUCCCCUCCACCUCCCUGGUCAUCCCCCUCAUCGGGGAGUACCUGCUCUUCACCAUGAUCUUCGUCACUCUGUCCAUCAUCAUCACCGUGUUUGUGCUGAACGUGCACCACCGGUCGCCGCGCACCCACGGCAUGCCCCAGUGGGUGAGGAGGGUCUUCCUGGACCUGAUUCCCCGGGUCCUGUUCAUGAAGAGGCCCCCGGCGACAGCCAAGCAGAACUGUAGGAAGCUCAUAGAGAUGAUGCACCAGCCUGCGGGUCCCAGUCACUCCCCAACCUUUUGGUUGGGCUUGGAGAAAGAGUUCAGUCAGAUGGGGCAACAGGGACAAAUGCUUCCAGCAACCCCUUUCGACAGCCCCAACAUCCAGGUCGCCUCCCCUCCAAAGACCUCCUCUCCUCCUUUGGGUUUACCCCUGGAGAAGCAUCCCAUGAAGCCCCAGGUUUUCUGCCGAUCCCCAUCCAGCCAGUACUCGAUGCUCGUGGAAGAGCCUCUGCAACUGGGACUCACCUCCUCCCCCUCCUCCACUUCUCCUCCUUCCUCUGGCCCCUCGUCGUCCUCUGUCCCCCUGCCCCUGGGACCCCUCCACACCCUGCCCAGAGACGAGCCUGGGACGCUGGCUCCUAAAGGCCGUUCCCUCAGCGUGGAGCACAUGUGCGAUCACCACGUGGAGCCCCCGCAGAGAGCUGCACACCGCUGUCGCUCAAACAGCUUCCAGUACUGCUGUCUGGACGCUGGGGGAGGCAACGGGGGUGGGGAGGGGCUGGGGAUUCCGAUGACCUCCAGACAGAGGAGACAGGUGUCCGUGGACCACCUAGCCAGAGAUUCAUCCACAGAAGUUGCCAAGAACCCAGGGUUGCCGGAUUCUAUGGUUCUCAGGAUGUCGCCAGCGAUGAGGCGGGCCAUAGAGGGGGUGCAAUACAUCGCAGAUCACCUCAGGGCUGAAGAUGCUGACUUUUCAGUGAAGGAAGAUUGGAAGUACGUUGCCAUGGUUAUUGAUCGAAUCUUCCUCUGGAUGUUUGUACUGGUGUGCAUUCUGGGAACUGUAGGAUUGUUCCUUCCUCCCUGGUUGGCCGGAAUGAUCUAGAAGAUUAUGGAUCCAGAUCCUGACAGCAGAUGGACAAGGGGGUUGCAUCAAGAUGUUCAGAGUUGGACUGCAAGCUUACCUUUCAGUAUACUAAUGACUUACUUUCUAUGUUUUGUAACCGUAAUGGAAUUCUAAUUUAGUCUAUUUGUUCUUUUUUUUUGCCUUUAAAUUUAAACUCCUGAGUCUGUCUGUGUCCUUGCUGUGGCCUGUUUACUCUAGGUAUGAAAAGGUUGCCGACUGAGAAAUAGUGUGUAGUAGUAAGUGAAAUGUAUUUCAUUGAUUCAACUGGGCACAUGCAUUCUUUAUGAGACCAAAAGGCCAGCAGUAAAUACAUUCCUCCUUA